GUUGUGGGCCUUGGGCAGACCUUGUUUCUAGAAACAGCCCUAAGUUUCUGGGAGAAAAGGCUGGAGCUGAGAUGCUCUGCCUUCAGGGUGGAGCAGGAGAGGAAGACUGUUGGGGGAGGAGGCUUGUUGCUUUCCCUGCACGCAUCCAGCUGGAGGAACAAAAUAGUCCCCAGUGCUGCUGGAGGCCUGGUGCAGUGAGGAGUCAGGUGCAGAGGCUUGGGGCUCCCGUUCUAGAAGACUGUAUGGGAGAGGAUGUGUGCAGUGUGCAGAGGCUGUGGCAGCUGCCUGGGUGCUCAGGACACUGUUCCUACAGCUGCCAAAUCUCAACCUUCAUAAACAAGGGCUGGGAGAGCAACAGCAAACUCAUGGCUGUGGGGAACAGCAUUCUUGCCACGUUGGAGGACAGCUGGGACAGUUCUCAAUGGCUGAUAGCUACCGAUGAGUGCAGAGGGUGAGCUAGACACAAGGUGGGCAGGUAGGGGCUAGGCUGUCGUGGCCCUGUAAACAGGCCCAAAGAACUGGGCCUCCACAGGAACAUUUGGGGACCUUGGGAAGGACUUGUCCAGGAAAGUGUGGUGGCUUGAUGAAUGCCCGAGGAAGGCCCUCUGGACAGAGAUGGAGCAAGGAACCCCCUGCAUCAAGGUAAGGCCGUGGUGAGGGCAGUGGGCCUGUGGGAAGGGGUGGCCUCCAAAGAUGCUCAGUGAGAUGACAGCCAGAUGGUGUCUUCCAGGGAGCAGCAAAGGAAUGGCCAAAGAAGCCAAACCAAUCCCAGGGUGGAGAGCGUCAAGGAAACAGGCACGAGAGACUGGGAGUAGGGCAGGAGAGGCUGCUGGUCUGUGGUGUCUUCACAGGGCCAGAAGUAUGACAGAGAAAGGGGCAGCCAGGAGGCUGAGAGGAGGGCAAUGCCAAGGCCACUGUCAGAAACCAACACGUUUCUGUGCCAGUGGGACAAGCCAGCAGAGAAGGAAAAGUGGCAAAGAGCUACUUACUGAUUGCUGAUGCGUGCUGAAGCAGGCGGCCUGGUGUACAAGCUUCCACACCCUUCUUCAUGCAGCCAGCUUCACCAGCAGCUGAUGAGAGUCAUCUGCGAGAGAGAACUUUUCUGUGAGCCACAUCUGACCCCGCCCCGCCUUGAACUCUGCCGACUCUCCACUGCCUCCCAAAUAACGGGGCCUCCUAGUGACUGUCAGCAGGCUGGCAAGAGCGGUCUUCCUGGGACGUCCCGUUCCUUUGCUGUGCCCUUCGUCUCCAGUGUGGGAGCCGCUUUUACUCCUUCAGAGUCCCACUCACACGGGCCCUCCACCUGGAACCCGUUCUGCUCGGCCUCGCGCUGACAUGAGGGGUAGGGGUCCCACCCGCGUCCUUUCCCCCCACCCCCGCGCGGCAAAGGGUAGCGGGGCGCCCCCGUGUGGCCGAGGGGAGCCCCGGCCUGCGCGCGAGGUGGCUGCGGGCCCGGGCACCGCCUCUUCCGCCCCGCCGGGCGUCGCACGAGGCCGCCUCGAAGGGGAAGUGAGUCAGUGUCCGCCGACCCGGCCGGCCCAGGCCCGCACCCGCCGCGGCCUCGAGAGGCCCCGAGAGGCCCCGGCCGGGCGGCGGCGGCCAUGGCCGGGGGGCCGGGCCCGGAGGAGCCCGCGGCCCCCGGCGCGCAGCACUUCUUGUACGAGGUGCCGCCCUGGGUCAUGUGCCGUUUCUACAAAGUGAUGGACGCCCUGGAGCCGGCGGACUGGUGCCAGUUCGCGGCCCUGAUAGUGCGGGACCAGACCGAGCUGCGGCUGUGCGAGCGCUCUGGACAGCGCACAGCCAGCGUGCUGUGGCCCUGGAUCAACCGCAAUGCCCGCGUGGCCGACCUCGUGCACAUCCUCACGCACCUGCAGCUGCUCCGUGCGCGCGACAUCAUCACAGCCUGGCACCCUCCUGCCCCACACCCGCCCCCCAGCACCACUGCCCCAAGGCCCAGCAGCAUCUCCGCACCCCGGGAGGCUGAGACCUGGACUCCCCGGAAGUUGCCAUCCUCAGUCUCCACCCUCCCCUCCCCGGCUCUUCCAGGCUCCCAGACCCAUUCGGGGCCUGAGUUUGGCCUGGUCCCAAGCCCUGCUUCCCUCCAGCCACCACCACCAUCAACAGCUCCUUCCUCUACCCAGCCAAGCUCAAAGAGCCCAGUGUCCCUCCUGCAGGGGGCCCAUGCCUCUCCAUUCUGCUGGCCCCUCUGUGAGAUUUCCCAGGGCACCCACAACUUCUCAGAGAAGCUGAAGAUUGGGGAGGGCGGCUUUGGGCGUGUGUAUCGGGCAGUGAUGCGGAACACAGUGUAUGCGGUGAAGAGGCUGAAGGAGGAGGCUGACCUGGAGUGGACUGCAGUGAGGCAGAGCUUCCUGACAGAGGUGGAACAGCUGUCCAGGUUCCGUCACCCAAACAUCGUGGACUUUGCUGGCUACUGUGCCCAGAGUGGCUUCUACUGCCUUGUGUAUGGUUUCCUGCCCAAUGGCUCCCUCGAAGACCGUCUCCACUUCCAGACCCAGGCCUGCCGCCCACUCUCCUGGCCUCAGCGACUAGAAGUCCUUCUGGGCACAGCUCGAGCAAUUCAGUUCUUACAUCGAGACAUCCCUGGCCUCAUCCAUGGGGACAUCAAAAGUUCCAACGUCCUUCUGGAUGAGAGACUGAUACCCAAACUGGGAGACUUUGGCCUGGCCCGAUUCAGCCGCUUUGCAGGGACCAACCCUAGCCAGAGCAGCACAGUGGCCCGAACACAGACGGUGCGAGGCACCCUGGCUUACCUGCCUGAGGAGUACAUCAAGACAGGGAGACUGGCCAUGGACACUGAUACCUUCAGCUUUGGGGUGGUGGUGCUGGAGACACUGACUGGCCAAAGGGCUGUGAAGAUGCAUGGGGCCAAGGCCAAGUAUUUGAAAGACCUGGUUGAAGAAGAGGCAGAGGAGGCCGGGGUGACCCUGAAAAGUACCCAGAGUGCACUGAAAGCAGGUCUGGCGACAGAUGCUUGGGCUGCUCCAAUCUCUACCCAGAUCUACAAGAAGCACCUGGACACCAAGCCUGGACCAUGCCUACCUGAGCUGGGCCUGGGGCUGGGGCGGCUGGCUUGCUGCUGCCUGCACCGCCGGGCCAAGAAGAGGCCCCCCAUGACCCAGGUGUACGAGAGGCUGGAGAGGCUGCAGGCAGCAGCAGGGCUGCCUAGGCAGCCAGAGGCCACGAGUUGCAUCUCCCCUUCCCCACAGGAGAACUCCUAUGUGUCCACUGCUGCCAGUGCCCAGAGUGGUUGUGCUCCUUGGCAGCCCCUGGCAGUGCCACCAGGAACCCCAGCCCAGGCUGCAGAGCAGCUCCAGAAAGGCCCCAACCAGCCUGUGGAGAGCGACGAGAGUGUAUACGGCCUCUCUGCUGCCCUGCACUCCUGGCGCUUGACCCCAAGCUGCUCGCCAGGCCCAGCACCCCUCAGGGAGGCUGGCUGUAUUCAGGGGGAUACUGCUGGAGAGUCAAGCUGGGGCAGUGGCCCAGGGCUCCGGCCCACAGCCAUGGAAGGAUCACCCCUGGGCAGCUCUAUGUCAUCGGAGCCACCACACAUUGUCAUCAACCCAGCCCGACAGAAGAUGGUGCAAAAGCUGGCCCUAUAUGAAGAUGGGGUCCUGGACAGCCUCCAGCUGCUGUCAUCGAGCUCCCUCCCAGGCUUGGGCCUGGAGCAGGAAAACAGGCAGGGGCCUGAAGAGAGUGAUGAAUUUCAGAGCUGAUUUGUUCACCUGGGCAGAUCCCUCAAACCCGGAAGUCAAAGUUCUCAUGGUCAGAAGUUCUCAUGGUGAUUGAACCCUCAUCAGCCUGCAGGCAAUGGGGUGGGACCUUGUCAGGAGAGAAAGCUGUUGCCCAUGUUGUUGUAGGGGUGUGCGCACAGGCAGGAGCUAGGGCCAGCCUACCAGGCUCAAUGGAACCUGCUGAUAGGGCAGGACAUCUCAAGAGACCUGCCAUUGGUUCAGUAUUCUGGGUUGGGGGAAGUAUGUCAAAGGCCACUGGCUGCAUAGGCCAGGGGAAGAGUAUAGUGGGGCCAUUGGGCCAUGGGAUGCCACAGGGAGCCAGCUCGUCUUCGAGGCAGGCAGGGUGUCUAUAGCUCAGGUCUGUAGCAGCAACCCUUAGCCCAUUGCUUUGGACUUUCCUGAAGUCCUGAAGAGAAAGUAGCCACUCUGCACAAAAAUACAUGAGGUCCAGAGACCUCCCAUAUGCUUAUAAUUUGGAAAAGUGAAGUAUGGCUGUCUUAUGGUCCUGUGGUUCAGUCCACAGCAAGCAGUGAGAGUUGUGAGAUCCCCCAGAAAGUCUAGCAAGACAUCCCCUCAGGCCAGUGUCUAUAGCUUUACUGGAGACCUGUGAGCUAGCUUAGUUAUGACUUACCUGCUAGCCAGGCCACCACUGAAUGCUACAGGUAGGCCCCAAGCCAGGUCAGACAGGCUUCAGAGUCCACAUGCUUAGACUCAGGCCCAGGUACUGGUUAUGACAGAGGGUCCACUACCCAAGGUCCAGCUAGGCCCAAGCCACAUGUUACCUAGACAGUAAGAAACCCCAAGAAGGGAUGGUGCCUGUGGCUCAGUGAGUAGGGCGCCCGCCACCCUUGGUGUGGGCGCCUGUAGUCCCAGCUGUUCGGGAGGCUGAGGCAAGAGAAUCAGCUAAGCCCAAGAGCUAGAGGUUGCUGUGAGCUCUGACGCCACAGCACUCUACUGAGGGCAACAAAGUGACACUCUGUCUCUAACAAAAAAUAAA